UGGUCUAGGUUUCACUUUGGACCAGACUUUCAGAAAAAACUUUUAAUGAUAAAUUAUGAUAAUUAUAGCAGUCUGUGAUCCAUCUUCUUUAUAUGGCAGAAGGUUAAAAUAACUUCUUGCUGAAAGGCAGAAAUGCAGGGGAGAGGAGAAGGACAUAUUUUAUAAUGGCUCCUAACCAGGUACCAGUUUGUUGAAUGUGAUCAAUUCAAACAUUUUUGAAGUAAUGAAGAUAAGAAUUGGAAAGAAAAACUACUACAGAUUUCAGGAAAUUAAAAAGAUUUUGUGUCAAAUAAUCCUUAGGUCCCAUAAAAGAAUAAGGGUGAAAUGUUUGGGCUGGUAUACAAGAGGCCAAAAAAAGGGCAAAUAAAUUGCUGUUUUCCAGUCUCUCAGCAUGCUAGUGCAGGUUAUAAAAACUUCAGUAACACUUUUUCUCAGGUAAUAGAAACCAAGGGAGGAAAGUGCAUAUGUGUAAUUGACAGUCUGCAUGCAGCAGCAAUAUGUCAAAGUUAACACCCAGAGGCUGCCAUAUUAAAUUAGAAACAUCAGUAUUAGCAAGAAAGGAAUUAACUGUCAGUGUCAGCUAAGUAAAAACAAGCUAAUCUGGUUUUCUACCACAACCCCCUCCCCCCCCCCAAAACAAACCCAAAACAAAACAAAACAAAACAAAAAAAACAGCAGUGGUUGAUUUAGAGGUUUUUGUGCCCUGGCAAUGUGAAAAGCCAUUUGGUGAAUUGAUUAGUUUUUUUAUUAUGAGAUUUUAUUCAAAAGAUAAGUAUUCUAUACAGUAUUGUGAGGAUAUACACUUACUUAAAAUGACACUUUUUAAUUAUUCAGAAGGACACAACUAAAGAGAAUUCUGAAGAAGAUAUCUAUGAGAAGGAAAAGUGCUAUGAAAAAGUUUGCUGAAAGGGAUGAACAUGUUCAUAGAUCACAAAGAGAAGAACUUGUAUGUCAGAAUCUACAGGAAGAUGUGGCUAAUGUAGAAAAUCAGAAGAGUAUAACUGAAACAUUGCGAGAGAGAGUAAGAAAGAAACUGAAAGCCGUCAAGGCUGAAAAUUUAGUCAGUUUAGAAGACUCCACUAGUAUACCACACAGGGUAGAGUUCCUUGAAAAGAAGAAAUUGGGUACAAGAUAUGUAAAAGCUAAAGAAAUUAUAUCAGAUGAGGGUUUUACAUUUUUUAUGACAACUGGUGAAGAAAACUCAGAAUUAACCAUUCUGGAUGAAAACAUUAACCAGAAGUCAAAAGAGAAUCAUCAAAACCUUGCAGACUUGAAUGAUCAAAGCUGUCCUCUGCUUGACAAAAAAGAAGAAAGUUUAUUGCCAGAGUUGCUUGAAGUAAAACCUGCUGAGUUUGAAUGCAAAAAAUUACAGAUUAAAAAGCAAUGGGAAUAUCUUUUUGUGCCAAGCAGUUCUCCAGUGCUUCAUAGUUGUAAACUACCAAAAGAAAUUAUGCCACGUGUCUUAGAAGAUGAAGGAUUUUAUAUUCCAAGAAAACCAGAAAUUUGUAAGAGAAGUUAUAACAAAAUGGAAAAUCGCCUUCUUAAAGAAGAAGGGAGAAGAGGCUGGUUUGAUGAAAGUGGACAAAUAAUUUCAUUACCUUCUCCAAUCAAACAAUCACCAAAUGUCAGAAAAAAAUUGCCAGUUAAGUAUGGCUCAGAAUUAAAGACCUUAUACAAAAAGGCAAUGCAACCUGAACGGGAAAGCUGCAUCAUAAAUAAAUCUGGAUAUCAAAAACAGCGUUAUCAAUUAGAUCUCAAUAUAUCAAGUUUAUUUUUCACCCACCAUCCUCUUUUUGAUCGAGAGCAUGUGUUAGCUGCUAGAUUACUCCAACUUUAUGAAAGUUUCAAGAACAGACAACAGCAGAACAUAACUCUCUUGCUAGCUGAAAAACUUAAAGCACUAAAAAAUGCUACAAAAAUAGCAGAAAGUAAUUUGGAAGCAAGCCAACUGAGCAGAAAAACUUUAGAUGACUACAAAUGGCAAAUAAGAGAUACCAAGAGCCUGUAUGACAUAGAAAAGCAAAAAGAUCUCUCUCUAAUGCAUAGCAUAUUAAAAGUUUGGAAACAAAUAAAAUCUUUGCGUAGACACCAAGAAUAUACAAGUACAUCUGUAAAGUUACAGUUUCAAAAAGGGCUUAUUAAGAAAAAGGAAGUUGAUGACUAUAAAGUAGAAUUAGCACAAGAUCUUAAAAGAGAGACAGUGCUAGUGAGAGAAGAUAAUGGUCACCAGGAGCAUUUUUCAGAAAUUUGGAGAAAACAGAAGGGUCUUUUGGAUUCAACUAUUUCAUUUGAAAGUUCAGCUGAACUUCAAGAGAUAAAGGAAUCUAUUUUCAUACCACAUCUCACUCUGGCUGCAGAAGUAACACCGAUGUUUAAGUGUCCCAUGCAUGAACAGAAGAGAAGAACAAAAGUACAGAAGAAACAAUACUUUAUUAAAAUAUUUUACAAUGAAAAGCAAGUCUCUUGUACUUCCGUGGCUCACCUCCAGCUGGAUUUUAAAGUGAUUUUUCAGCAAACUUUUAAUAUUCAGUUAUUAAAUUGGCCUGAAUCUCUUCGAUUGGAGAUUUAUGAAUCUGCUAAAAGAAAAACGUUUUUGGCUAAAAUAUACUUACCUAUUCCUGACAAUAUUGUACUUCAAAGAAAAGAUGUAUUGGAACAGGCGGAGUUUAGCUGUGAUCAACAAGUUGAAUCUGUAAAUGGAGAAGUGGGAAGCAAUGUACCAUUUAUUCUCGAUGAAAAUGAAGAACUGUAUCCUGUGAUGUCUGGAAAACUAAUGUAUUCCUUAUCCUGGACAGUUGAUGAAGGAAAUAUUCCCUUAGCAUCUAUACUUCAGCCACUAAACUCUGUUUCUUACAGAAUACCGAGAAAUAUAGAUGAAGAAAUAGCUACUGGAAUUUUGUGGUUCACUGACACACAGAAACUUACUGAAUGGGCCAAGAAAGUCAAGAUUGAUCCCAAUGAUCCUGAAUAUUCAGAUUUGAUGGACUUCAUUUUGUAUACUAGAUCCAAGGAAGAAACUCUUCCAAAAUAUUUUCGUCUUGAACAGCUGCAAAAAGAAUUUAACUUUGUUACUGAAAAAGAGAUUAAAAAUUGUAAACGUUUCCAGCUGUUGCAGCUUAGGAACUCAGGGCAACUAGAUUCCUGCUAUUGUUGGCAGAUACCUCUGUUUGAUAGAGAAAUACCAGAUACAGUCUUCCAGGGAUAUGAAAGCCAACAGAAGACAGAAGUUUCAGUGACAGAUGAGGAUCCUAUUAGUGCACAGAGAAUUAGUUCUGCCAACUUUAUGAGGAAGAUGAGAAAACAAACUAUAAAGCAACUUGUCAAAAUUAAGCACAGGUGUAAUUUAUCAGAUAUUGUGAGGGAUUAUGAAGAAAUUAUAUCUAUGAGCCAAUUGAAGAAUGCAGUUUUUAAGCUAGGUGAACGUAGAAGACAUUUAAAACCACAGAGAAAAGAGAGAAGAAAAGUUCCUGCACAGGUUGUCUCAGAUGGAGAUGUUAAGCUUCUUGUUAGAAUAUUGAGUGCUUACAACAUUCCUUCAAGAAAUCCAGCAGUUACUAGACCAACAGGUGUUUACUCACCAGCUCAUGCAAUGAAUAGAAGACAUCUACUAUUAGGCAAAUCAGCAUAUAUAACUGACCCUCUAAGUGAGAUGACUGUCCAUCCUUUUGUAGAAGUUUCUUUCCAGCAUGCAGUUUAUCAGACUAGCACUGCCGAUGGUUCUCAUCCAUGUUGGAAUGAAGAACUUCAAAUGGAUUUUAUAUCUCCAGGGCAUGAUUACAGUUUUUCAGGACUGUCUAAAAUUAAAGACAAUAUAUGUGUCAACAUUUUUGAUGAAGUUAUUUUGGAAAAACAUGAGGAUACCUGUCAUAAGGGUUGCAGUAGUCACUUUUACAUAAGAAAAAAUUGGCUAGGAUCAGUUAGUUUUCCUUUCUCUGCUCUUCUGGAACAAUCAAAGAUCUGUGGGACGUUUCCAGUAAAUAUGCCACCAGUUUUGCUUGGAUACACUUGGAGUAAGACAUAUGUAUCUCCUAAAGAAGAGAGUUGUGGACAGAACUUAAAAGAAUACACCUUUUUAACCAUCUUUGCUACAAUUGAACCUCAGUUAUCAUCUGUUGAAAAAGAUUCAGAAUCUGAUAAGUUUUUAGAUCAUGAAGAUGAAACACUUCUGCAAAGAGCAUAUAUUUUUAAAAAAAGUUGCAAGGCAAAAUUUCCAAAGAGAAGAAUAAUAACUUCUGUUUUUGACAGCGAAGGAAGAAAUGUUUUAGUAACAAAAUAUAUAAAGUCAUUAAAUCCACCACAACUACUACUGGAUAUAUAUCCUGAUGAUCCUAAUGCAACUUUUGACCUUAUUUCUCGAUUUGUAUCUUUAAUUCCUUGUAUAUCAGAUACUGUUGAUGGAAAUGAUGAUGUUGAUAUUUGGGUGACCUCUGAGCACUGCAUCAGUUUAGCUGCUGGAAAUAAAGAAGAACUUGCAGUACUUCUGUGUAACUACUUCCUAUAUUUUGACAAAAAAGCAUGGGUUCUGUUGGGAACAUCUUUGUUAGAAGGAAAAGUGGCAUAUGUCUUGACCCUGGAAAAUGGAGAAUAUUUCCUUUGGAAUCCCCUGAAUGGACAGUGUUACAAACCAUUUGAUGCAUUUUGUCCCUUACAGAGCGUUGACUGCUUAUUUGAUUGGGAAAAUGUCUGGUUCAACACGCAGAGAAACAGUUCACCAAUGGAUGUAAACUUUGACAUUUCAAAGGAAGGGUUUUGGAAACAGUUGCUGCCAUACAAUUAUCAACACAAAAUAACACAAACUGUGCAGCCAAAAGAAAUACUUUACACCCCUACUAGCAAAAGCAUGGUGGAAGAACUCCAGAACAGGAUUGAAAAGACCUUAAAAAAUAAAAUAAUGGAGUGGCGAUUUCAACAACCAACUAGGUGGCAUCGGCAAUGCACUGCUCUCCUAAGGCAAAUUCUUCCAAAGUUAGAACUUAGACAUAGGACCACUGUUACAGACAAAGAAGAAAAUGAAUUGGAAAGUUUACUGGAACGUUAUUGGGUCACAGGGUACCCUAUCCAGAUGCCUUAUAUAAAUUUGCAAGCAAUAAAUGAAGCUGUGCAUCAAACUGGCAUUCAUUCUUCAGAAAUCCCCAACACAGAGUUUUCUCUUGCUGUAUACAUUCACCCAUAUCCAAACACCAUUUUAUCUGUGUGGAUCUACUUAGUUUCUUUGGUCUGUCACUAGUAAAUGUGUUUAAAUCUAAGCAACCAUGUGUUGGCUCUCCUGGGAAAAAUGAUCAUUUAUGAAUGCAGGCUGGGCAAUAAAGCUUAGGCUGGAUACAGAUAUUUGGGGAGGUUAGAGGGAAGUUAGAUUGAGUUAAAAAUGGCCACCUGAUCUAAGCUAAGUUGGGAUGGUGGGACUAGUAGGGGGGCUGGGUGAAUCGGGUCCAAGCUAUCUGUAGAAGCUGGUGUGGUGAGGGGGCAAGCAGAAUGCAUGGAAGGGAUUAGGAGGAUCGGGAGGCAGGCAGUGUCUGUGGAAGCAAUUGGGAGGUUAGCAGGGUCUGGGGGGGACCAGAGG